AUGGCGUACAGGCGUUUGGAGAUCAACGUGAUAUCCGCAAAAGACCUCAAGAACGUCAACCUAAUCAGCAAGACGCACGCGUACGCCAUCGUUUCGAUCUCCGGUGACCCGAGGGCGAACCAGCAGCAGAGGACCGCGGUGGACAGGAGCGGAAACGCCAGCCCCACCUGGAACUUCCCCUUGACGUUCGCGGUCGAGGAGUCCGCCGCCCAGAGCAACCGCCUCGGCGUCACGUUCAGGAUACGUUGCGAGCGGACCCUCGGUGAUAAGGACAUCGGUGAGGUGCACGUGCCGCUGUCGGAACUCAUUGGGCCGACUGACGAUGGCGAAUUAUUGCAAUCCGAUACUUAUCAGGUGGCGUAUUAUUAUUUUCAGGUGUCUUCACCUUGUUGUUCAUUGUUUUCCGGUAGAAAUUGUGAGGUUCGAAGGCCAUCGGGAAAGCGCAACGAAGGCGAGCUGAAUUUCUCUUACAAGUGGGGGCCGAGAAUGGCCAGCGCGCCAGCUCCGCCACCGCUGGAUUAUGAAUACCCGCCCGUCCAACAACCACAGCAGAAUAAUUGGUUGGCCAAGUUACUGUGUGUAGAAUUGGGGAAGCUUUUCAUCGGUGAUGUAAUCUCGGAUGGCUUUGGAUCGGAACUGGGGUGA